AAAAAAAAAAAACCCCAAUUCGCUCUCUAGGGUUAGGGUUUAUCAUCCAAAUUCAAAAAAACCCUAAUUUCAAAACCCCCUUGAUUCUUCUCUCGAAUUGCUCGCAAUGACGAAAGUGUACGGAACCGGCGCGUACGAUUUCAAGCGGCACAGGGUGGCGGAGUACCCGGUGGAUCCAACGUCGUCGGCGACGCAGCCGGCAGCGGAGAAGCCGGUGGAGUCUGCGCUGCCGAGCACGAUAACGCUGUUGGAGAUUCAGCGGGACCGGCUCACGAAGAUCGCGGAGGAUAACUGGUCGAAAGCUGCCGGAGGAGGUGGAGGAGGUAAAGGCUCCGGCAGUGAGAAGCGGUUCGAUCCGGAGCUGGUGAAGGAGAUUUACAAGACGGAGUUGCUGGUCAAAGGAGGGAGAAAGCCCGUGCCGUUGCAGAGGGUGAUGAUUUUGGAGGUGAGUCAGUAUUUGGAGAACUACCUCUGGCCCAAUUUCGACCCCGAUACGGCGUCGUUCGAGCACGUCAUGUCGAUGAUUCUCAUGGUCAAUGAGAAGUUUCGGGAGAAUGUGGCAGCUUGGGUAUGCUUUUAUGAUCGAAAAGACAUUUUUAAGGGAUUCCUUGAGAGGGUCCUUCGGCUGAAGGAGGGAAUAGAAUUAAGCAUUGCCGAGAAGACGAAUUACUUGGUUUUCAUGAUCAAUGCCUUUCAGAGCUUGGGAGAUGAGGUUGUCAGUGAGACUGUGUUGAGAUUAGCAAGUUUGCAAUCCUGGCACAGUUUGUCAUAUGGUCGUUUUCAGAUGGAGCUUUGUCUUAAUCAGGAAUUGAUCAAGAAAUGGAAAAGAAUGAUAAAGAGAGAAGCUAAGGAGGCAACAAAGCGAGGAGAGCUUUUUGACCCGUCAACUAAGCUUGAAGUGAAAUUCUUGAGAAAUCUUAUUGAAGAAUUUCUGGAGGUAUUGGAUUCAACGGUUUUUUCCCAAGAACAACAUGUUAAUGAAGAUAAUAAAAUAAUUGAUCCUUAUGGUUUGAAGCAAGUUGACGAUGCUUGUGUUUUGUACUGUGAGAGGUUUAUGGAAUUUCUUAUUGAUCUCUUGAGCCAACUGCCAACGAGGAGGUACCUGAGACCUCUUGUUGCUGAUGUGGCUGUUGUUGCUAAGUGCCAUCUAAGUGCACUCUAUAAACAUGAGAAGGGGAAACUCUUUGCACAACUGGUUGACUUACUGCAGUUCUAUGAGAAAUUUGAGAUUAAUGAUCAUGUUGGGACUCAACUGACAGAUGAUGAGGUGCUGCAGUCUCAUUAUGACCGCUUCCAAUCUUUUCAACUGCUUGCAUUCAAGAAGAUCCCCAAGUUGCGAGAACUUGCAUUGGCUAACAUUGGUGCAAUUAACAAGCGGGCUGAUCUCUCUAAGAAGUUGUCUGAGCUUUCUCCUAUGGAUUUGAGGGAUUUGGUUUGCCACAAGCUCAAACUGAUCUCAGAGGAAGAUCCCUGGUCAGAAAGGGUUGAUUUUCUUAUUGAAGUCAUGGUCUCCUUUUUUGAGAAACAACAAUCUCAAAAAGAAGCCAUAAAUGCUCUCCCACUCUACCCAAACGAGCAAAUUAUGUGGGAUGAAAGCCUUGUACCAAGCAUAAAUUACUCUGGCGAGGGUUGUCUAGCUCUUCCAAAACUUAAUUUACAAUUCUUAACGCUUCAUGAUUAUCUUCUGCGAAAUUUUAAUCUCUUCCGUCUUGAAUCAACAUAUGAGAUACGUGAGGAUAUUCAGGAAGCUGUACCACAUCUCCUUGCCUACAUCAAUAAUGAAGGAGAAACUGCUUUUCGUGGUUGGUCAAGAAUGGCUGUGCCAAUUAAAGAAUUUAAGAUCACCGAGGUAAAACAGCCAAACAUUGGAGAAGUCAAGCCGUCAUCUGUUACUGCAGACGUGACUUUUAGCAUCUCCAGUUAUAAAGCACAAAUAAGAUCAGAGUGGAAUGCCCUUAAAGAGCACGAUGUUCUGUUUUUACUUUCGAUUCGCCCUUCAUUUGAGCCUCUAAGUGCUGAAGAAGCUGCCAAGGCAAGUGUGCCACAAAGGCUUGGACUUCAGUAUGUGAGGGGAUGUGAGAUUAUUGAGGUUCGUGAUGAGGAGGGAACUCUCAUGAAUGAUUUCACAGGAAGAAUUAAAAGAGAUGAGUGGAAGCCUCCAAAAGGGGAACUGAGAACUGUAACUGUUGCUUUAGAUACAGCGCAAUACCACAUGGAUGUCAGCAAUAUUGCGGAGAAAGGUGCAGAUGAUGUUUACGGGACAUUCAAUAUAUUGAUGAGGAGGAAGCCAAAAGAAAACAAUUUCAAAGCAAUUUUAGAGUCUAUAAGAGAUCUUAUGAAUGAAUAUUGUAUUGUUCCUGAUUGGCUGCACAACGUAUUUUUGGGCUAUGGGAAUCCUUCUGCAGCACAAUGGACUAACAUGCCUGAUCUUUUGGAAAUAGUAGAUUUCAAAGAUACUUUUCUUGAUGCUGACCAUUUGAAAGACAGUUUUCCGGAUUAUCAGGUUUGUUUUAUGAAUCCAGAUGGCAGAGAAAACUUGCAGCCGAUGCCUCCUUUUCGAAUUAGGCUUCCCAAGACACAGAAAGGCGGUAGUCAUGCACUUACUGGGAAUAAGAUAUCUGGUGUUGAUUCAGCAGAUGGUGUCAAUAUGGAGGAUACACUCAUUGUUGAGGCAUACACUCCUCCUGACCCAGGUCCUUAUCCCCAAGAUCAGCCAAAACAGAACUCAGUUAGAUUUACACCUACACAGAUUGGAGCAAUCAUCUCUGGAAUUCAGCCUGGACUAACUAUGGUUGUGGGUCCACCUGGUACGGGAAAAACUGAUACAGCUGUGCAAAUCCUGAAUGUGCUUUAUCACAAUUGUCCUUCUCAGCGGACAUUGAUAAUCACACAUUCAAAUCAGGCUUUGAAUGACCUUUUUGAGAAGAUAAUGCAGAGGGAUGUACCUGCACGUUAUCUACUCCGUCUUGGUCAAGGAGAACAAGAACUAGCGACUGAUCUCGAUUUUAGUAGGCAAGGCCGUGUGAAUGCAAUGCUUGUCCGACGGUUAGAACUGCUUGGUGAAGUGGAGAGGUUGGCUAGAUCUCUUCAACUGCCUGAGGAUGUAGGUUAUACAUGCGAAACUGCUGGAUAUUUCUGGUUGCUUCAUGUAUACUCGCGCUGGGAACAAUUCUUGGCGGCUUGUGCUGAGAAUGAAGAUAAACCAACAUUUGUUAAAGACCGCUUUCCCUUCAAGGAAUUUUUCUCUGACACUCCGCAUCCAAUUUUUAUGGGUGAGUCUUUUGAGAAAGACAUGAGAGCAGCUAAGGGGUGCUUUCGUCAUCUUAAGACCAUGUUUCAAGAGCUUGAAGAGUGUAGGGCAUUUGAAUUGCUCAAGUCAACGGCUGAUCGAGCAAAUUAUCUCAUGACCAAGCAGGCAAAGAUUGUUGCAAUGACUUGCACUCAUGCAGCUCUCAAGAGGAAGGACUUUCUUCAGCUAGGUUUCAAGUAUGACAACUUGUUGAUGGAAGAAAGUGCCCAAAUAUUGGAGAUUGAGACCUUCAUCCCAAUGUUGCUCCAGAGGCAAGAAGAUGGUUAUGCACGGCUUAAGCGCUGCAUCCUGAUUGGUGAUCAUCAUCAGUUGCCUCCUGUUGUGAAGAACAUGGCUUUCCAGAAGUAUAGCCACAUGGAUCAGAGUCUAUUUACAAGGUUUGUUCGUCUCGGCAUUCCUUAUAUUGAGCUCAAUGCCCAGGGUAGAGCCAGGCCAAGUAUAGCCAAACUGUACAACUGGAGGUACAGAGAUUUGGGUGACCUUCCUUACGUAAAGGAGGAUGCUGUCUUCCAUAGAGCAAAUGCUGGAUUCUCCUAUGAGUAUCAGUUAGUGGAUGUGCCCGAUUACCAAGGUAGAGGUGAAAGCGCCCCUUCCCCUUGGUUUUAUCAAAAUGAGGGAGAAGCUGAAUAUGUUGUCAGUGUCUAUAUGUACCUGCGUUUACUUGGGUACCCGGCAAAUAAGAUAUCCAUCUUGACAACUUACAAUGGCCAGAAACUUUUGAUCCGUGAUGUUAUCAAUAGAAGAUGUGUUCCAUAUGACUUCAUUGGUCCACCCAGCAAGGUUACAACUGUUGAUAAGUUUCAAGGUCAGCAAAAUGAUUUUAUAUUGCUGUCUCUUGUGCGUACUCGCUUUGUUGGUCACCUUCGUGAUGUUAGAAGAUUGGUUGUUGCCAUGUCUCGUGCCCGACUUGGUUUGUAUGUGUUUUGUCGCCGAUCUCUGUUUGAACAAUGCUAUGAACUGCAGCCUACAUUUCAACUUCUGCUUCAGAGACCUGAUCGCCUUGCCCUCAAUCUAAAUGAGAUCACAUCAUAUACAGAACGACAUGUUGAAGACACUGGACCUAUCCAUCUUGUCAGUGGUGUUGAGGAGAUGAUUAGCAUUUUUAACUGGAGGUAUCAGGAACGAUACAUGAGUCAUCAAUUUGAUCAUUAUAUGACCUACUUGGGACAAAAUGAUCAACAAAAUUCAACAACUUUGUUCAAUGCCAUGGACACCGAUACACCUUCUGUGCAACAUGAAAGCAGCAUGGAAGAGGAUAGUAGGAUAGAUGGGGAUGUUCUGCCUGCAAGUCAUUCAAAUGGGGAAGUAGAUAAGGAAGCUAGUAAAAAUGAUGAAAAUUAUAGGCAACCUGAAAGCAGCAAUUCAAGUGAGGAAAAUAUGACGGAGUAGUGUAGUUAAUAGUGCUUCUCACAGGAGUCCUCUUCUUUUGCUAAUUUUAAAUGAUCUGGAGGUUCAGUUUUAUGUCAAUCACAAUCAUGGCAACCAGCCAACGCCUUUCCUAAAACUGAGGUAUUAAGCUAAUAACUGCAGAAACUAGGUCUCAAGUCCUUCAUUGGUGUUUAGGUGAAAAACUUGGAACUCAAAAAUAGGCCUGGAAGUUGUGAGACUAAACUACUGAAGAGCAAGCACGUCAUGUGGCAGAAAGAAAAGAUGCAUGUUGCAUAUCAAAAUAUGUUUCAGCUGUACAAUGCCAAAUUUGUUGAACAUUUUUAUAUCCUGAGAUAGGAAAUUAUCUGUUCCUGCUGUCUAUACCAAAUACUAAUUGUAAGUAAAGCAUCAUGCAAUUUUGGGUUUAGCUAAUGUUGUUGCUAAUUUAAUCCAACUAUGACUAUGCUUU